AUGCAUAAAUUAUUUUUACUAAAUAUUCUCAUCGGAUUUGUUUGUUCUUUCAAUUUUCAAAUUCCUUAUGGAGUUAAGCCUUCUCAAUCAGCUGUUCAUAUGGUCCUCGAACAAUUUCCACAUUGGAUUUCCGAAAAGUUCUCGAUAAUAAUACAAGAAGAACAACAUUCGCUCAAAUCAGAUGAAGUCCUUAUAUCCACUACCGCUAAAGGUCAGACUCAGGUGGUGGCAAGCAGUGGGCUUGCAGCACUCUAUGGCAUAAACCACUAUCUACGAAAUUAUUGUUUUACUCAAGUAACGUGGGAUAACAGUAGCAUUGGGAAUGGAUGUUCAGAUGAAAGUAUCAAUGACAUCAUUCGAUUAGAAGCCCCAGCAGUUCGAUAUUUCGGUAAUCCAGCAGCCUUCAGUUAUUCUUUUGCUUGGUGGAACUGGAAGGAUUGGCAAAGAAUGCUUGAUUGGCUCGCAUUAAAUGGAUUUAAUAUGGUCUACAUGCCCAUCGGCCAAGAAGCUCUAUGGAAGGAAGUAUUCAUGGAAAUGGCUUUAUCACGUAAUGAUUUGGAGCAGUACUUCACUGGGCCUGCUUAUCUGGCAUGGAAUAGGAUGGGAAAGUUAAAGAGUUGGGGAGGUGGCUUGACUGAUUCUUUCAUGGAUUCACAGCUGGAACUUGCAAAGAAAAUUGUCGGAAGAAUGAACGAGCUGGGGAUAAUCCCUGUAUUGCCAACUUUCUCCGGUAUCGUACCUGACGUAAUGGAAAGUUUAUUCGCUGACGAAACUUUCGUGAGAAAUAUGUGCUGGCAAAACUUCGGGGAAGAUCAGAGCUGUUUGUUAUCCGUUCAUCCGGCUAGUCCUCUUUUCCAAGAAAUCGCUGAUCGUUUCAUGAAAAAGCAACAAGCAGCAUAUGGAUCUGCGACCCAUGUUUAUAGUGCCGAUCCUUUUGUCGAUAUGAACUCACUGAAUGAUUAUAGACAAGUUAAAUUACUUGCGAAAGCCAUUUAUACAGGAUGUGCUCAGAACGAUGAAAGAUGUAUCUGGCUUUUACACUCAUCAACAUUCGAUGAGGGUGGUUGGUCAAGCAAGCUCGUGAAAACGUUCCUAUCGGCUAUUCCAUUGGGGAACUUAUUGAUGAUUGAUCAAACAGCCGAGCACCAUCCUCGAUGGGUCGAUUAUAACUCAUUCUAUGGACAUGCUUUCGUAUGGGGAUUCCAACAUAAUGCCGGAGGUUCCACGGAGAUAAGAGGGAACUUGAAGCAUAUGGAUAAGAGUUAUCAAUAUGCCUUAUCCUCUGAAAAUUCAAUGAUCGGGGGAGGAUUAACGAUGGAAGCUAUCAAUCAGAAUUUCAUUGUUUAUCAGUUCAUGAUUGACCGGAUGUGGAGAAAAUCUCUCGCACAGCUUUCUUCAUGGCUAUCAUCAUAUGUCUCAUCUCGAUAUAAUAGCCAUGAUGAAACAAUGCUAAAAGCCUGGAAUCUAAUUGCACAAUCUUUCUAUUCUGAGCCUAUGUCCACGGGAGAUUAUCCAAAUUUUUCCAUUUUUCUCUACAAUCGACCAAAGUUUAACCAAAGGAUAAAGUAUUGGUUUGACCCCAAACUAAUCGGGAAUAUUGCCAAUUAUUUUGCUUCUUCAAAAGAUAUUUUAUGGCAGAAUGACCUGUUCAGACAGGAUUAUAAUGAUUUCAUGAGAGAGUAUCUCCAAUACCAACUCGGAAAUCGAGUUAUUCUUCAAUUCUAUGAAGGAUACGGUAUUGGAGACAAUGAUCUCGUACAAUCAUCAUGCUUGGACAUCCAGAAAAUGUUCAAAAAAAUUAAUCAACACACUAACUAUAACUUGUUGGACUAUGAAAAAGCUGCGGUUAGUUUUGGUACGACAGACCGAGAAAGGAAACAGCUUUCCGAAAACUCUCGAGAUAUUCUGACCACGUGGGGUCCAUCAGCCCAGAAUUUAGAUUCUGCUCAUCGAGAAUGGGCUGGUCUGAUCAGUGAUUAUUAUCAACGACGAUGGGCUUUCUUCUGUGAAUGGGCUCUCACCCACAAAUAUUUCAACGUGACAGCUUUUAACGAAGGAAUUAUGAAUUUAGUAGAAAUUCCCUUUGUCACAACAUAA